CGGCGGGGCAGCCUGGAGAUGUCCUCGGACGGGGAGCCCCUGAGCCGGAUGGACUCGGAGGACAGCAUAAGCAGCACUAUAAUGGACGUAGACAGCACAAUUUCCAGUGGGCGUUCGACUCCAGUUAUGAUGAACGGCCAAGGAGUUACUGCUUCAUCGGCAAAAAGUAUUGCUUAUAACUGUUGUUGGGACCAGUGCCAUGCUUGCUUCAACUCCAGCCCGGAUCUGGCAGAUCACAUUCGCUCCAUACAUGUAGAUGGUCAGCGAGGAGGGGUAUUUGUUUGCUUGUGGAAAGGUUGCAAAGUAUAUAAUACACCUUCAACAAGUCAAAGUUGGUUACAGAGGCAUAUGCUGACACACAGUGGGGACAAACCUUUCAAGUGUGUGGUUGGUGGGUGCAAUGCCAGUUUUGCAUCUCAGGGAGGGCUGGCUCGUCAUGUGCCCACGCACUUCAGCCAGCAGAACUCUUCAAAAGUUGCCAGCCAGCCAAAGGCCAAAGAGGAAUCUCCUUCUAAAGCUGGAAUGAACAAAAGAAGGAAGUUAAAGAACAAAAGACGACGCUCAUUACCAAGACCACAUGACUUCUUUGAUGCACAAACACUGGAUGCCAUACGACAUCGAGCCAUCUGCUUCAACCUCUCAGCUCAUAUAGAAAGUUUAGGAAAAGGCCAUAGUGUUGUAUUUCAUAGUACUGUAAUAGCUAAAAGAAAAGAGGAGUCUGGAAAAAUAAAACUCUUGCUUCACUGGACACCAGAAGACAUUCUGCCUGAUGUGUGGGUAAAUGAAAGUGAACGACAUCAAUUAAAAACUAAAGUAGUUCAUUUAUCAAAACUACCAAAAGAUACUGCCUUGCUUCUGGACCCAAACAUAUACAGAACAAUGCCACAGAAGAGGUUGAAGAGGUAAAAACCAAGCAAUUGGGGACACCUGCAGUCUUAGUCACUGACAAUGGAAUUAGAAAUAAAGUUGCACAUUAGUCAAGGCCCCCCAACCCACCCCCAUCCUUUUUUUUCAAAUCCUUAGAUAAUAUUUAUGCUUAGUGUAAACAUUCUGUGAAUGAAGUAGAUGCUUCUGUGGAAUAUAUUAAUAUAUUACUGUAUAUCCACAUUGUCAUGGAAUGGUACAGUGGGAGACUGAGCAAACACUCUUCUGGCAACUUAGUGGAACAACUAAAAGGCUUUGCAUGCUUGCUUCUUUAAGCUGCUUUUCUUUUGUUAGUAUAUACAGUAGUUUGAUGAAAAGAGGAAGUAACUAACCAUCACAACUUACACAGUUCCCAGGAGAACUCUUAACAAGCUGCUAAGAGUUUAACACUCACCAGAGAAUGAACAAACUACCAAGGCUUUAUCCUAUUACCUUCUGAGUAUGGUGUAUAGUGAUCAGUCGUCAUUUGUACACUUGUGCGUCCUUUCACAAAAACUAUGAGACAUUAAUUGAUGUUUAAACAAAUGUUAAUGGAAUGCUUGUUUUUCCCAAUCAACUCUAAAUUCAUAUAUCCAAGUAAGACUGAAAGGUGUUGUUAAGAGUGUUGCAGUAUGUCUGCCCCUUUUUCAGGACUAGUACUGUAUGUUAAUGAGGUCUACUUCUAUGUAAUCUUUAUUACUGAACGGUUUUUGAAAAACCUCCAGUUAAGCAGUUAGUGAAAUUGGUGUUUGAUUUUAAUUUUUUGACCUUUUAAGACUGUCACUUGUACAGUAUGUGUUUUUUUUAUUUGGCCUAAUCUUUUCUAGAUGUAAAGAAAAUGAUAUUUUUUUAAAACAUCUAGAAAUUCAACCUUUAUGCACCAAAGUUGGCUUUGAAAAGGAAAAUAAAAUCACUUUCUUGCUUAAUAAGCAAGAAAUCAUGGAUUUUUUUAACUUACAGAAAUAGAAAUGUGUGUAACUUGUUAGUCUUGUAUGGAGACAAAAAUGUUGCAUAUAGAUAAUAGGACAUUGCUUGUAAAUAAUUCAGCAGAUUUGUAAUAUAUUUUUAUAUUAUGAAAUGUACUGUAGAUGUUUUUCUAGAGGCAUGAAAGUUAAAAUGUAUAUAUUAUGUUAGAAAAUAUGGAAGGAUAUUGUAAUUCACUAGCGCUGCCAGAAGAAAUGUUUAAAAAAGCACCUUCCUAACAACAAAAAAAGUCGUUUGCAUACCUAAGGGACUAUGUACUACUGUUAAUAUCUGUUGUAAGAACAAAAAUACAUUGAACAUCCUUCCCAGAAAUCUUUGAGGGAUGAACAGAACCCAUAAUGGCACUCCUUUCUGAUAGUGAACGUGAAAUCAGUCAUUUCCUUGCUGUUGGAAGGAACUAAUGUAAAAUAUAUGUGGAUAUAUGCAGUCAAACUGCAGAAUUAGUCUUCCUUAUUGGGGAGGAAUUUUCACGUUACUACAGUGAAACGAAAAACCAGCAGUUUUUACACUAAAAUUUUAUUAAAUAGAAUAAAACUUAGAAUUAACCCUUUGGCUGCAGGGUUAAGUGUUUCCUAAUAUAAUACGAAUGCAUUCUGCAUUGGUACUGACACAAGAGACUUGCUUGGCUCCAACGGGUUAAAUAUGUUACUUAUAUACAUGAAAAAUCUUAUCAAACAAAAUGAAGUGCAGAUUAAGAGCACCACUAAUAUAAGAUGUUCUGGACUGGUUGUUUAAUAAAUAAGGGUAUUAUUCAUAAGAUUUGUAGCAACCUGACUUUAUUUUUUAAAAAAGUACAGUGUUUUGUUUAAUUGUUUUGCUUGAGCACUUCAUCUACUGCUUAUUCUGUACCUAUAAAGUAAUCCACAAUCUCUUUGGUUCUUUUUUAAAAUUUGUUAUAAAAUUGCCAAAUAGAAGUGUUUCAGAUAUAGUUUGUAUUUGUAUUUUUUUAAUUUUAUUGCUUCAUGAGUUCCUUGUAAGUCAUCUAUAAUUGACAGAUGAUUGUAGACCUUGCCUGAGUAUUUUUUCUAAUAAAACAAAGCAAAUAACCACAUGUUAGCUUCCAAAUUGUAACCAUUCAA